AUGAGUGACGUGGACGACGACGACGACUUCUCGCUGGGUGAGGACUCCUUGGAAGCUGAAUCGUCUGCGUUCGAUGAAGACGAAGCCGAUGAGGACGACGAGGACAGUGGAUCGGAAAAAGACGACGUCGUUUCUGUUGCAAGUGACGUGUCGGACGUUGACGCAAAAGCUCUGUCCAAUAUGAAGAAAGCGGCUGUAGGUCGCAAGAAAUCUCCACGGGCCAACACCAAAAGCGUUCGAUCAAAAGACGCGAGAAAGUUGAGGUCGGUAGUGGAGAGCGGUUCCCGGCCUGCGACAGCUGCACACACGAAGAAGGAAAAAGCACUGGUCACUGUACAGUCUGUGGUACCUCCGAAGCCAACGGCGAUGACAGCAGCAAAGGCAGAGGCUGCCGUGCUCGACUACAUGCGCAAGACCAAUCGACCGUACAGUCUGCUGAAUGUGUUUGAGAACAUGCACCGCGCCAUUGCCAAGUCGUCUUUGACGACGCUGCUGGACAACCUGGUGGCCAAGAAAGAGCUCGUGAGCAAGACAUACGGCAAGGCAAAGGUCUACUUUGUAAACCAGGACAACUUGCCGGUGCCGUCAGAGGAAGAGCGAGCGGCAUUGGAGGAGCAGAUCAAGACGGUGACUGCAGAAUGUACUGGUCUCGAGCAGCAGCUGAAGAACGCAGAGACUGCGUUGGCGGGUAUUACCUCGCAGGUCUCGGACAUCGAGUUGGAUACGAUGCUGAAGCAACUUGACGAGGAAGCAGCGGCUCUGGAGAAGAAGGUGGCGACCUUGGAUCAACAAGGCCGAGCUCCUCUGUCUCCUGGCAGAAAAGAUGCUCUCAAGCGCAAGUUUACGCAAUACCGCACUGCGUGGGUGACACGUAAACGCAUUGCAAUGGACGGCAUCAACCAGAUCGCCGACGGCAUGGAGAAGCGACCGAAAGUCGUGCUGGGUCUGGUUGGUUUGGAGACUGACGAGGAGGCGGGUGUCAAGGAGCUGCCGACGAUGUAG